AAGAGCCCCGCGGCCGGGCCGGUCGUCCGCCGCCCGGGCCAGCCGCGCCUCGCAGGGGACGAUGCUGCUCCGGGGCCAGGAGAGCCCCACGCCGCGCGGCCUCCCGGGGGGGGCCCUUCGCGGGCCGCCCUUCGCCUACUGCCCCAGCCCCCAAGCUCUGCCGCGGCUGCCCGCCGCCUACCCCUUCCCCGCCGGCACCUGCCCGGACCGAGGCUGCCAGGGGCAGGGCACGGGGAGCUGCCAGCCUGACGCCCUCGCCCCCAAGCCGUGGCCGGGCCUGGAGGAGGCGCAGAGCCCAGCGCCGCGCUGCGGGAGCCGGGCCCGCUCUGUCGGCCUCGCGCUCCUCAAGGCGCCCCUGAUGCUCGGCUGCCUCUACCUCUUCGUCUGCUCCCUGGACGUGCUCAGCUCCGCCUUCCAGCUGGCGGGAGGGAAGGCGGCCGGGGACAUGAUGAAGGAGGGCGCCGUCUUGGCCAACCCCGUGGCCGGGCUGGUGGCCGGGAUCCUGGUCACGGUGCUGGUGCAGAGCUCGUCCACCUCCACCUCCAUCGUGGUCAGCCUCGUCUCCGCGGGCCUGCUGGAGGUGCGCGCCGCCGUCCCCGUGCUCAUGGGCUCCAACAUCGGCACGUCCGUCACCAGCACUGUCGUGGCGCUGCUGCAGGCCGGGGACCGCACCCGCUUUGAGCGGGCGUUCGCGGGCGCGACGCUGCACGACUGCUUCAACUGGCUGUCGGUGCUGGUACUGCUGCCGCUGGAGGUGGCCACCGGCUUCCUGCACCGCGUGUCGGCGCUGCUCGUGGCCGCGCUCCGCGUCCGCAGCGGGAAGGACGCCCCCGCGCUGCUCCGGACCCUCACGGAGCCGCUCACCCGCCGCAUCAUCCAGCUGGACGAGUCGGUCAUCACGGGCAUCGUCACGGGCGACGAGAGCGCGCGCAACAGGAGCCUGGUGCGGGUGUGGUGCGGGCAGCCGGCCCUGCAGCUGCAGAGCCCGGGGCCGGGAGGAGCAGCCCUGAACUGCAGCGCGGGCGCCCUCGGCAACACCACGGCCGAGAAGUGUCACCACCUGUUCGUGGACUCGGCGCUGCCGGACGUGGCCGUGGGGCUGGUGCUGCUGGCCGGCUCCCUGCUGCUGCUCUGCUCCUGCCUGCUCCUGCUGGUCAAGCUGCUCAACUCCGUGCUCCGCGGCGCGGUGGCUGGGGCUGUGCAGAAGGUCAUCAACACCGACCUGCCGCCCCCGCUGUCGUGGCUCAGCGGCUACUGUGCCAUGCUGGUGGGCGCUGCUGCCACCUUCGUCGUGCAGAGCAGCUCGGUCUUCACCGCGGCCAUCACCCCCCUGAUCGGCCUCGGCGUGAUCAGCAUCGAGCGCGCCUACCCGCUGACCCUGGGCGCCAACAUCGGCACCACCAGCACCGCCCUCCUGGCCGCCCUGGCCAGCCCCGGGGACAAGCUGGCCAGCUCCAUCCAGGCCGCGCUGUGCCACUUCCUCUUCAACGCGGCGGGCAUCGCACUGUGGUACCCGGUGCCGUGCACGCGCCUGCCGGUGCGCGCGGCCAAGGCGCUGGGGGCGCGCGCGGGGCGGCGGCGCGGGCUGGCCGCGCUCUACCUGCUCGGGGCCUUCGUGCUGCUGCCCGGGCUCGCGCUCGCGCUCUCGCUGGCCGGGUGGCGUGCGCUCCUGGGCCUGGGCGCGCCCCUGCUCGCCCUGGCCGCCGGCCUCGUGCUCGUGCGCGCCCUGCGCGCGCGCGCCCCCGGCCUGCUGCCCCGCUGCCUGCGUGCCCCCGCGCCCCGCAAAGCCAAGCCGGGCCUCGAGGAGCCCGCGUGCCCCGGCCCCUACGCCCCGCCGCGUGCCCCCGCGCCCGCGCUCCGAGCCACCGCGCUCUAGCCCCGCGCCCGCGGGGCCGCGCCCCAGGGAGCAGCCGGGGGGCGUGGGGCAGAGAGCGGCGUUGCCCGUCGGGGCCGGACCGAGGCAGCCCGGACGCGUCGGGCCGCGGCGGCGGGGAACGUGCCGCCCGCAGCGCCCGGCUCGGCACCGGCUCGUCCUGGGCAACGCGGGACCCUCCCCGGGCGCAGGCGGUGCCGCGGGCGCGGUGCCGGGGCUUCCCCUCCGCCUGGGCCUAGCGUCCCUUCCGGACCGGCUGCUGCCGCCUCGGCCCGCGUCUGGCCCGGCUUCAACAGCAUCCCGGCCCCGCGGAGCUGCUGACGGCGCCGGCCCGGCCGCGGGACUGGACGGGGCGGGAGGGGCCGCCGGCUGCGGGACGCGCCCUCGGGCGUUAAUAAAGACUGCGGCGCAGGCCCGA